CCCCGGCCGCUCCCGCCCUCGGCCCGGGGCUGCGGCGGGCAGCGCCGCGGAGCAGCCCGAGAGUCCCGGCCCGGGCUGUGUCCGGGCUGCAGCCCACGAGUCCGGCAGCACGGUCGAUGGUCUUCUGGUCAGCAGCAUUCCGGGAAGAAGAUGGCUCAGCCAGCACCCUUGAAUCAGAACCUCCCAGAUCUUGGGGGCCCAUUCUUGUACCAGGACCAGGACGAUGGAGAGAAGAGCUCAUAUUCUGUGGAAACCCCUUAUGGCUUCCUGCUGGACCUUGAUUUCCUGAAAUACGUUGAUGAUAUUGAAAGUGGCCAAACACUCAAGAAAGUGCCACUGCCUCGCAGGCUGAAAGGGUCCCGUCCAACGCCCAGCACCCUGCGCAGCCCCAGCAGCCACACCAGCGCCUGGACCUCCACCGAGUCCCUCACCUCCACGGCCAGCGAGGAGGGCAGGACUGCGCUGCUGCUGUCCCCGCAUGGCCGAGCACCCCUGGAGCCUGUGAGCAAACCAACCUCCCACCCCAUCUCACCGCCGCCAGUGCGGCUGCUCCCACCUCCCACCCGCAAGUGCCUCGUGCCAAACCCACGGGUGGAGAAGACCUUGCUGGAGACAAGCAGGAGGCUGGAGCAGGAGCAGGGCCGAUUGCAGGAUGGUGGUGGUCCCUCCCACGCAGGCCAGCCACCCCACUGGGUGCCAGUGGGUGCUGAGGGCCAGGCGGGCUGGGGCCGGGUGAGCCCCGGCAGCUCAGGGCGCAGCACUCCUGCUGCAGGGCUCAGCACAGCCCCGCUGCAGCACGUGCGGGAGCAGAUGGCUGCAGCCCUGCGGCAGCUCCGAGACCUGGAGGGGCAGGUGAAAACCAUCCCACUCCUGGAGAUGCAGAUCUGCGAGUUGAAGAGGGAGAAGGCAAAGUUGCUGGAGAAGCUAUCGGCAGAGCCUGGCGAGGCAUUGUAUCACCCCUCUGAGGGUGGGGCAGGGGGUGAGGAGGCGCCCCGCACGGGGCCAGAGAGCGAAGCAGAGCCAGUGAAGGGGCGAACGAGCAAAAUUGCAGAGCUGAGGAAGCUGACAGAGAAGCUGGCUGUGCCAGAGCGGAACAUCAGGGCUUGGCCAGGCAAGAGCCCCAGGGUGGCUGACCGGCCGUGCCGCUCCGUGGCAGUGGGGGAGGAUCGGGCCAUGACAGACGCCGUCUUCUACUACCGGUCGCUGCAGGAGAGUGGGGACACGCCAGAUGGAGGCACACAGGGACGCAGGGAUGUGUCUGUCUGGGUGAUGGAGUCCUCGCUGGGGCUGCCCACUGAGGCAGAGCGGGAGCUGGAGCUGCUGCAGCAGACGGUGGCGCACCAGAAGGAGGUAAUCGCCCUGAUGGAGGGGCACCUGCAGGAGGCCACGCGGGAGCUGGAGGAGCUGCGGCUGGAGGUGUGCGCCCGCCGGCCCCGCGCGCAGGUGGACAAGGAGGUGAUGGCCAUGCCCCAGGUGGCUGAGGCACUGGUGGAGGCUGUGGUAGUGACACAGAGCCGGGCAGCCGGUGACUCCCCAAAGACGGCGGAGGCAGGUGUGGAGUGCUGCCCCCUGACCUCCUGUGUGGCCGUGGGCUGCCGCCCUGACGGGCGGGACGUGGCGGUCGGACCCGACUCAGCUGCCAGCUGUGAUGACAAGGGCAGCCAGACAGAUCUGGGCAGCAUUGUCCUGGCAGGAGAGGAGAAGGAGCCUGGUGUGGGUGAGGUGAUGGAGCCUGGCCUGGAUGAUGGCCUGAGCAGCCGCUCAGUGCUGGGUGCAGGAGCAACGGGGCUGAUGUCCCCUGUCAGCCAAGGCCCUGGGCCAGCUGUGCUGGAGAUGACACACGGCAACUGCGACCCAGCCCCAGCACAGGACACUGGAGCUGCCCCGAGCCCUGCAACCGGAGCCCUGAAGUCCAUCAUGAAGAAGCGAGAUGGUCCUCCCCGGGGCGAGGCAGAGGGCAGCAAGAAGAGCCUGCAGUUUGUGGGCGUGCUGAACGGGGAGUAUGAGAGCACAUCCAGUGAGGAGGAAGAAGAAGCAAACAGCUCCUCUGAGAAGGCUUCGGCUGACAGCUCCAACAGUUCAGAGCAGGGAGACACCGAAACCUCAGAGGAGGAGGCCGAGGAAGGCAUGUGUGAGCCCAGACUGGAGUCCAAGGGGACUGAUGGGAGCCCGCUGGAGCCCCCCGAGGUGAAGGAAAAGUUCGAGCUGAGUCCCAGGAUGAGGGAGGCCUGUCUCAUUGUCAAGACCCACCUGGGCCACCCAGGUGCUGCCAAGAGCAAAGAGGUGCUCGCCAGCAGCAGCCUGGUCCUGCAGGAGUGGUUCCGUCUGUCCAGCCAGAAGUCGUCCAUCCCUGACACAGUUGCCAACCAUCUCCUGGCCUUUGCCGAGGUCUCACCGGCUCUCCUGGCCCACGUGGUGAACCUGGCAGACGGGAAUGGCAACACAGCUCUGCACUACAGUGUCUCCCACUCCAACUUCCACAUCGUGUGGCUGCUGCUGGAUACGGGGAUCUGUAACGUGGACCACCAGAACAAAGCUGGGUACACCGCCCUGAUGCUGGCAGCACUGGCAGCCGUUGAGCAGGAAGAGGACAUGAAUGUGGUCAGGAGGCUUUUCAGCAUGGGCAACGUCAAUGCCAAGGCCAGCCAGGCUGGCCAGACGGCGCUGAUGUUGGCUGUCAGCCACGGCCGGCAGGAGAUGGUGGAAGCCCUGCUGGCCUGCGGGGCCAACGUGAACCUGCAGGACGAGGAGGGCUCCACCGCGCUGAUGUGCGCCUGUGAGCACGGCCGCCUGGAGACCGUGAAGCUGCUGCUGGCUCAGCCCGCCUGCGACAUCUCCAUCGUGGACAGUGAUGGUAACAACGCCGUUGCCAUCGCGCUGGAGGCUGGUCACGGUGACAUCGCUGCGCUCCUCUCCGAACACCUCAACAGCACAAAGGUGCAGGUACCCGUGAGUACCACAUCACUCCCCACCGGAGGGGAGAGGGCUGAGAGACAGACCAGUGUCUCCAGGAAGAGGCAGCAGGAGCAAGAGUAGAGCAGUACAGGUGCCACGUGCUCAGAACAGCCCUGCAAGCCCUGACCAGGAGUCACUGGAGGGGUCUCAGGCAACUACUCUCUCUGCAGCAUGGGACUUCACCAACAGCCACGAAGCCCUGGGAGUCCAAAGAAACCAAAUUAGAGUGACCGUGGGAUCCAGCCAGGGGCCACCAUCAGCACUGGGCUGUGAUUCACAUCCCCUCACCUGCCAUCUCUCUGUGCCAAACCGCUCUCUGCAGCUUUAGUCCUGUCACAAGCACAUCCCUGGGCCUCCCUCGCCCGUCUCCUCCACUGGAUGUAGCCCACACACGGCCACCUCACCACCAAGUGACCUCAGAGUGGGAUAGCAGCGAGCAGAAGCCACCCCAUCCCCUUUGCUCCCCGCCACAACCGCCGGAGCUGUGCCACCUCUGAGCCCUCAGCAAGGAGGAACAGCAGAGAACCAACCCAGCAGAAACAGCACCUGGUUUGUGCUCUGGCAGCAGUACCAGUGACAUGGAGCCAGGAGGGCAAGUGAGGGGUCCUGGCCCCAGCAGGGACACUGUGCUCUGCAGGCACAUCCUGUACAGCAAUGGGAGAGGGAAUUCUGCAUUGGACAGGGGCUGGGAGUGUUUCCAGACUCAAAUACUUGCCUUUCUUUGCUGGCAUUUCCUUUCCUGGCUGAAAUCUGAUUUUUUUUUUCCCUCUCUUCAAGCACACGCAUACAAAGCAAAAAAAAUAUAUUGCUUGGCCAAGGGAUGAAGUUCAAUAUGAAAUCACUUGAGAUUUGAUUUGCUCAAUGGGAGCAAAACCUCUGAGCAGUUGGGAGUUGUAGCCAGGUGACAAAAGGGGCUGAGGAUGCAUUUGGGGACUGAAUCUGCCUAUCUUAUAACCCACAGGGGGAGCAGGUCAUUCUCCCAAGGAAGAGAGACCAAUUACCUUCUGAACAUUUCCCCAGUUAGCCAGUCCCACAGACCCUGCAGACAGCUAGAGCCUACAGCCAAGUCCCUCUCUGCCCACUGUCCAUCACAAAGGGGAGGAGAGCAGCUGAAGACAGAACCAGGAAAAACACAUGGGCCAGGAGCGCUCAGAGCACACACGUGGAGGCUGCAAAGGGGAAGAUGUAUGUCAGGGAAUGUGUCUGUGCAAGUGUGUGAGCACCUGUGGGGUGGGAAGAGGGUAAGGACAAGGACCAGGAGGAAGAAGGUUUAGCAUGGGAAUGCAGCUCUGCUCUGAGCGCUGGACAAAGGUAGUGUGUUGUGCCCCCCAUCCCUGCUCCUUGGCCCAGCCUCCCCGUUUCUGCCCCUGCCUGACCUGCUCUGAGCUGGGGAGCCCCACAACCCUCCCCAGAAACCUGCUCUCAGCUUUGCACUGGAGUUAAUAUACAGCGCUCGCUGCCACUCCUUAAUACACUACUCUGUUUACUGGUAUUUUAAUACUGAUGUUUAUUUUUAAGAUAUAAAUAAAAUUUAAAGUUAUUUUGAAA